AACAACAUUUGCAACACAUUUUGCCACAACCACGAUGACAGUUAAAUUGGCAAAAUUAUUUAGUAAUUCUGCAACGAAUAACUCCAGUUCAUCGCAGCAGCAACAACAACCGCCACCCUUGCCACCCCCAAAUCCCCCACAAGCCUACAACUACUAUAAUCAGCAACUACCACAUUUACAAGCCAAGGCACAGAAACCCUACAAUCCCUAUAUGAUGGACGAUGAGGAUGAUAAUAUGUCUUUAUAUUCGACAACAGCCUCGAUUAUGACAUCACGAGAUCAUCCGUUCAACAAUUCACAGAGGCCCCUGUUGGCCGAAAGGAAACCACAAGUGGUAGUCAAGCAAAACGGCAACAAUAGCAAUAAGAAGAAACAGCAGCAGCACAAUGCCAGUCAAAAACAGCAACAUCAAGAGCACCACCAGCAGCAGCAACAGAAAUCCUAUAUCUCUCCAUAUGUGCAACAACAGAAACGUGAUAGUGCCAAAGGUUUACAUGGCUUCAAUGAUUUCGACAUACUCUCUCAGCAAUACAAUCAGCAUUUGCAGUCCUCACCGCACAUUGGUUAUCCUUACGGUAGUCCGCCAUCGCCCACACAAACCUCCAGUGACUUUGUAUUUGAUACAUCAGCAACAACAAUCUCCAAACAUCCUGCAUCAAUGACCCGGGGUGAUAAUAGUGGUAGUAGUAGCAUGGAAAGACACAAACAUCACCAACAGCAGCAACAACAAAAAUUUGCCAGUAUUUCGACUGCUUUAACAUCAACACCACGCUAUGGUAACAUUAGCAAUUAUGGUUCUACCUCUGGAGUAUCUACAAAUAACUAUUACAACAGCAGUACAACGACAGGAGGAAUAUCGGGAACGUCGUUAUCAUUAUCACGUGGUCCUGCCACCACCUCGCCCUACUACGAUGUUAAUGAAGCCGAUUAUUAUGGUAAAUCUUCACGUUUCGAAGAUGAUUUUUGUAAUCGUCGCAACAUUGAGUUCGCCAAAUGCCACACCUUGGAUACACCAUCGUCCACCGCAACCACGGCAAAUGGCAGUCAUUUGCUGCAUGAAGGUCCUUUUAUAUUUGGCAUCGCACCAGAACAUCAAACCGAUUUUACACGUAUGCCGGCUGGUGGCAGGUCAUUUGGUGAUAUAUCCGAAGAUUCGGGAAUUACCAAAGAUGAUGACAAAUACUCCACAAAAGGCAGGUUCAACACCUUCAUCAACGAACAACCGAACGAACGGGCCAGGCAGGGUGUAUCAUCUUCACUUCACUUUGGCAUCGGCGGCAGCAUCAUGAUUGCCACGAUGACUUUUA